AUGCAGCUCCCCAUGGGCCCUGCCUGCAUCUUCCUCAGGAAAGGGAUCGCCAAGAAGCAGAGGGAGCGGCCUCUGGGGCAGGAUGAGAUUGAAGAACUCCGGGGGGCCUUCUUGGAGUUCGACAAGGACCGGGACGGAUUCAUCUCCUGCAAGGACCUGGGCAACUUAAUGCGGUCGAUGGGCUACAUGCCGACCGAGAUGGAGCUGGCCGAACUGGGCCAGCAGAUCCGCAUGAACCAGGGCGGGCGCGUGGACUUCGAAAACUUCGUGGAGCUCAUGGCACCCAAGCUGCUGGCGGAGACGGCGGGCAUGAUUGGCCUGCACGAGAUGCGGGACGCCUUCAAGGAGUUCGACACGAACGGGGACGGGUCGAUCACGCUGCUGGAGCUGCGGCAGGCCAUGCAGAGGCUGCUGGGAGAGCGGCUCAGCGCCCUCGAGGUGGCCCACGUCGUGAGGGAGGCCGAUGCCAACGGCGACGGCACGGUGGACUUUGAAGAGUUUGUGAAGAUGAUGUCUCGCUGA